GUCGUAUUCAAUAGUGAUAUCUCAGAUUCUGCUCAUUUAUUUUUUUGUUCUAUUGCAAUGCAUUUCCGCUCUUCUUCUUCUUCUUUGUUGAGUGCAGCUUGUGUUGUGAUUGCAGUCGCUGCUUUUGCAGUGCGCUCUGCCGACGCGUGGGGCGCCCAGGGCCACCAAAUCACAGCAGCCAUUGCCCAGGCGCUGCUGACCCCGGAAGCGAACAACUAUGUCAUUCGUAUGCUGCCGACUUCGGACAACAAGUCGCUCGCCGUCGCAUCCACUUGGGCGGACGACAUUAAGAACCAGGCGCAGUGGAAGUGGACCCAACCCCUGCACUUCAUUGAUACCCCUGAUUUUGCCUGCAAUUACAACUACAACCGCGACUGCAUUGACGUCGGCACUGGCACCAAGGACGCAUGCGUUGCCGGCGCAAUCAACAACUACACGGGCAUUCUCGUGAACGCUGGGCCCAAGGACGUGAGCGAGCUGCUCCAGGAUUCCCUCAAGUUUGUCGAUCACUUCAUCGGUGACAUUCACCAGCCCCUGCACGUCGGCUUCACUUCCGAUCUCGGUGGCAACACGAUUGAAGUGAACUACAACGGCGUUAAUGUCAACCUGCACGCUUUCUGGGAUUACUCUGCCAUCUCCAACCGCAUUGAUGUUGAUUUCAACGGCGAUCAGAACGCUUAUGUCAACUACCUGCUUCAAAAAAUCCACUCUGGCUGGGGUGGUUAUGUGGCCAUGUGGAACAACAGCUGCAACGCUGUUGCUUGCCCUGAUAUCUGGGCCACCGAGUCGGUCAUUUUCGCGUGCAAUUCCUCGUACGCCGACAUCAACCGCAACAUCACUACUGUCAUUACUACCGCCUACUACAAUCGUGCCAUCGAUGUCAUUGAGCAGCGUCUUGCUGCCGGCGGCAUUCGUCUCGGUGCCUCCCUCAACCGAGUUGCCAUGUCGGUGAACGACACUGCCAACAACGCGAUGGUUGGCGCCGUCAUCGGCUCUGUGCUUGGCGCUGUCGUUCUUGUGAUUGUCGCCGCGCUCGUCGUGGCUGCCUUGCGCAAGCGUCGUGGACGCACUGGCUACACGACCAUUUGAGCGGUUUGUUUUUGAUCCUUGCUUUUUUGUUUGCUUGACUUGUUAAACCCAAAAUGCACGUUUGUGGCAUUUUCGUUCCUUUGGAGCUCGUUCACUUUUCGAAUCAUCACCAGAUUGAAUUUGCUCUCCUUUUGCUUUGCUUUUCCAACCCUUUCUUCUCGU